GCUGAAGGAGGGCAAUAAACUGAACCCGUGUAGCCGUAUUCUUCAAGAAGGACAGAAGACAGUUUGAACCAUGGCAAGCCAGGACUUGAUGGCGAAAAAAAGAGAAUGUCUUCAGGCCUACAGCUGGUGGAGAACACCACAGAAGAAACGGAAGAAAAAGAACAAAAUAAAACCAGCAAGAAUAGAGUUUGUUCCUAGUAGUACUUCAGCCAGACCAGACUAUUCAAUAUUUGUUGGGGAGCUUACUCCAGAAGUGGAUGAUUUCCAGCUCUAUGACUAUUUCCUAAAGAGGUACCCCUCAUGUAUUGACUGCAAAAUAGCAACAGACCUGCUGGGAUAUUCCAGAGGGUAUGCCUUUGUCAGAUUUGGUGAGCAAGGUGAUCAGAUGAGGGCACUGCAAGACUGCCAGAAUGCACCAGGUCUGGGGGGAAAACGAAUCCGGCUGAGCAUAGGAAUUUCUAAAAGGCUGAAAGCAGAAUUCCAGCGGUACCAGUCAUACAACUACAAUGAUUAUUACCAAGAUUAUCAGAACUACUACUCACAGUGGGGCUAUGAUCCUUAUGCCGAGUACAACUACAACUCCUAUGCUCCCUACGAUAGCAUGCAAGCUGUUGGAGACUGCUCCUUAGGAGAUGCUGUUAUGGCUCCUGCUGUUUUUGAGGAAGCUACAGCUAUGACUGAAAUCAAUGACGACUUAAUAACUGAAGAUCCACAGCUUUACUUGGAUGUUGAUGAAAUGAACAGACAAUUUAUGGAAACAAGUGAAGAGCUCUAUGAUUCCCUCAUGAAUUGUCACUGGCAACCUCUGGAUACGGUCACUUCUGACAUCCCCCCUGGUAUUUAAGUGUCUUAUAUAGCAUGACCGUUAUGACCAAGGUGCUAAAAUUACAUUUCUUCUACAUUACUCUAGAUCAUAAGUUUUAAAGCACAAUGAUAGGUUGGGUUUUUUUGCUAUGCUUUUGACAGUUUCUGUAAUCUUUUUUUUGUCCAUCACUCUAUUCUUGGAGCAUCUUGAAAUCAUGUAAAUAUUCUAGAAAUGUAAAGAGUUCAAUGGGGUCUAAAGAUAGACUUGCCUGUGUAAAUAAAAUUUUGUUUCUGCAAA